AUGGCAGACCCAGGUUAUUACCACAGUGAUUAUAUUCGUCACCCAGUCCUUUAUGAACUGGGUGUCAAGUAUGGAAUUAAGACGGAAUGUAUUCCAGAAAUAGCAUUGCCGUCUAAGUUGGAAGAACUCAAGGAUGUUAUACGUAGGGAAAUACGUAAAGAGUUGAAAAUAAAGGAAGGUGCAGAGAAAUUGCGUGAAGUUGCUACAGACCGAAGAUCACUCUCCAAUAUAUCAAAUCUUGUAAAACAAGCUAAUAUUAAGUUAAAUGAGUUAAAAGCUGACCUACAAGAGUUAGAAUCCCAAUUGUUGCUGUCACGCGGUCAGUCAACACCAACGUCUCCUGAAGACCUAUCCUAUGAUGAAGAAAUCAUUUUGGCUUCAGAAGCAGCACAGCAGCAGCGCCAGCUCGGCGAAGGUACCACUGAUCGCAAACUUGCUUCACUUGAAAAACAGCUGAAUAUUGAACUUAAAGUUAAGCAGGGAGCAGAGAACAUGAUACAGAGCAUAACUAGCAGCAACCAGUCCAGAGACAAAAAAUUGCUUGCUGAAGCUCACCAAAUGCUUGCAGAUUCUAAAGCUAAAAUAGAAUAUCUCAAACUAAGGAUAUCUAAAAUUUCUAAACAACAAAAAGGAGAUAUUGCAGGGGCUAACGGUGAUGGCAGAAACACGGAUAAUAUAAGUGGAGUUGAUCCUCUACUUGAUGAAAGAAUUGCUGAGUUGAGAAAUCGUCUGCGUAUAGAAGCCGCUGUUGUAGAAGGAUCUAAAAAUGCCAUACGACUCUUACAGAGUGAUAAAAAAGUUACUGAUAAGAAAGCUUUACAUGAAGCUCAAACUAACUUGUUAGAGUCAACCCAGAAGUUGGAUUUAUUACGUAGAUCAUUAGAUAUGCGUCGCCAGGAAUUGCCAGCAGAGAGUGCAGCAUUCAUAGAACUAGGACAUGAAUUACGAAGCACAGGAUCCAGUCCAGGAUAUGUUAGUUUGUCUGGUGCAACAAAUGCCAGACCACCAUUUAUUUCACCAGCUCCAUUAAUUAGCCCCUGUGUACAAGUCACUGGGACCUUAGAGGUCAGGCUAAUGGGAUGUCAAGAUUUACUUGAAGAUGUGCCAGGACGCAGUCGUAGAGAUCCCUUGGCUAGUCCCUCAGAUCUGAAGUCUUUUGUAAAAGGGGUUGCAAUUCGAAACUCAAUGAAAUAUACAUACAGCAUCAAGGAAGAUACAAGCAAUGAAAUUAUGGCAGUGAUGAAACUUGAUAAUCACACUGUUGCUCAGACAAGUUGGCGUCCAUGCUCGCAACAAGCCUGGGAUCAGAGAUUCACAAUUAAGCUGGAUAAAUCCAGGGAGCUCGAAAUUGGAAUACAUUGGAAAGAUUGGCGUGGUCUAUGUGCUGUAAAAUUCCUUAGACUAGAAGAAUUCAUUGAUGAUAUUAGACAUGGAAUGGCCUUGGAGUUGGAACCUCAGGGCUUAUUAUUUGCAGAGAUUAAAUUUUUAAAUCCUAUAAUAUCUAGGAAACCAAAACUUCAGCGUCAGAGAAAAAUCUUUAAACAGCAAGGCAAAAAUAUUCCACGAACUUCUCACGGCGAAAUGCAUAUACCGGCUGUUGUGUUAGGUAGGUUGUUGAAGCGUUCGUCUCCAUCAGUACAAAAUAUACAGAACGCACUCAAUCAAUCUCAGCAACAUAACUUCGAGAUACAUGACAAUAAAGAUUUUGAAACUACCAAUGCUACUUUUACGGGCAUGGCUGGUGUGAGACCGUUAGGUCUACCAUCGACACCCUCAAUACCACAAGUGCCUGUUAUACCACCACCUAAACCGACUCUGCCUUUACAACCUCCUCCAAAUGUAUCUACACUUCGAAUGGAAAAAGAGUUGCAAGAAGCUUUUGCAUUUUUGGAAGAUUCUUACACUAGAGAUAACUAUAUUUCUAAAGACCCACAGUCUUCGGCUUGUAAUACUCCAUUAGUAGAAUACCCUCCAUCUCCAUCACCUAAGUUGGUAUUAGAAUACCCGAGUAGUGAGGACCAAAUUGUUGAAAUAACAAGUAAUAUGCGUUUGUCAUCAUCGCGAUCAUCGUCUGUUAUUGAAACACUAAGUAAAGAAACUGACUCCAGAAGGCAGUCAGGUGAAAUGUCAAUGAACAGCUUCAGACUACUGAGUGUUCUGGGUAGGGGACACUUUGGUAAAGUUAUAUUAGCUCAGUACAAACCAACCAAUGAAUAUUUUGCCAUUAAAGCUUUAAAAAAAGGAGAUAUUAUUGCCAGAGAUGAAGUUGAUUCACUGUUAUCAGAAAAGCGUAUUUUCGAAGUAGCUAACGCUAUUCGGCAUCCUUUCCUAGUUAACCUGUUUGCGUGCUUUCAAACUGAACAACAUGUCUGUUUCGUUAUGGAGUAUGCAGCUGGUGGCGACCUUAUGAUGCACAUACAUGCAGAUGUAUUUACAGAACCCAGAGCAGUAUUCUAUGCAGCUUGUGUAGUAUUAGGCCUACAGUAUUUACACGAAAACAAUAUUAUCUAUAGGGAUUUGAAAUUGGACAAUCUACUACUUGAUACAGAAGGCUACGUAAAAAUAGCUGACUUUGGACUAUGCAAGGAAGGAAUGGGCUGGGGCGAUCGUACUGGCACUUUUUGUGGCACUCCCGAGUUUCUUGCCCCUGAAGUUCUGACAGAGACAUCAUAUACGAGAGCAGUGGAUUGGUGGGGUCUUGGUGUUCUCAUUUUCGAAAUGUUGGUUGGUGAAUCACCAUUCCCUGGUGAAGAUGAAGGAGAAGUAUUUGAUUCUAUUGUGAAUGACGAAGUACGUUACCCUAGGACUUUAUCUUUAGAAUCGAUUGCUCUUAUGCGUCGUUUAUUAAGGAAAAAUCCGGAAAGGCGCUUAGGAUCCUCUGAACGUGAUGCUGAAGAUGUAAAGAAACAAGCUUUCUUCAGGAAUGUUGAUUGGGAACAGUUACUUUUGCGAAAAGUAAAACCGCCGUUUGUGCCAACGAUAAAUAAUUUAGAAGAUGUCAGUAAUUUUGAUAGUGAGUUCACAUCCGAAGCAGCUGUUCUCACUCCUCCCAAAGAACCGAGACCUUUAAGUACCACUGACCAUAAACUGUUCUCCGACUUCACAUACAUGGCAGACUGGUGCUAG